CGCGAGAGAGUCUGUCGGCAUCCCAUCCUUACUGCCAGGCUCAUUCAAUCUGCAUCUCUUUUAUUUGCUUUAAUAUUUUCUGAACCCAGUUUUCGGAUACCCAUUUAUUUCAAGAUGUAUUGCUUCCGACGAGCAGCUUUUCGACUCCUUUCCUCUCCUUCAACUUCUGUUCUUGCUAAGCCGAGGUCAAUUACCACCGUUACUCCCUCUGUCCUUCAAUUAAAUCGCCAGUUGCCGCGCUACGCUUUCCAGCAACGAUGGAACAGCAACGAGACCGCAAAGGAUGCAUCCGCUUCCGCGGACCAAGAGAAGACACCUGUGGUAGACCCUAUUGCUGAGUCCGCUGCCUCAGAGACUGCACAGGCGACAACUGAAGCUGCUACGGAUGCUGCGCCGGAGACUGAACCGCUGCCAGCCCGGCGGCCAGUGAUGGCUCCUCCGGAGCCUAAGGAGACUAUUUAUGUUGGAAACCUGUUUUUCGAUGUCACUGCGGAGGAUCUGAAAAAUCAGAUGCAGAAAUUCGGCGUUGUUGAGACUGCCAGAAUUGUCCAUGACAACCGGGGUUUGAGUAAAGGUUUCGGUUACGUUACCUUCGAUAAUGUCGAGUCGGCCCAGCGCGCCAUCCAUGGCAUGAACAUGCAGGUCUUCGAGGGUCGUCGCAUUGUCGCGCAGUUCGCGCAGUCAAAUGCCGGUCGCCGCAACAGGCCUCGCCAGACUCCCUCCAAGACUCUUUUCAUUGGAAACAUGGCCUUUGACAUGACUGACCGUGACCUCAACGACCUGUUCAAGGACGUUGAGAAUGUGAUCGACGUCCGGGUGGCUGUCGACCGUAAAACCGGUCAGCCCAGGGGUUUCGCACACGCCGAUUUCCUCGAUGUUCCUAGCGCUGAAGCUGCAUUUGAAAUCCUCAGCGGAAAGGCCCCCUACGGCAGGAAGCUUCGCGUCGAUUACAGUUACACGAACCGGGACGGUGCUGAGUACCGUAACCGACGGAGGAUCUCCAGUCAACCUAUCGAAACUGAAACCGAAUCUGGACCCAACUGAGACUGCAGAAUGAAUGGUCGGGAUUGUGCAUUACAAAAACCAGAAAAUAUCUCAAAUUCGGUCUUGGAAAGGUAUAUCCUUUCCAGUGUGCAUUCGUCACUUGUUCGACCUGGAAACUGGCAAUAGGCGUUAUUGCUACUGCUGCAUGGGUGAGAUUCUCUGCUGGAAGAUGUCUGCUCCUGCGUCUUUACUACCAAUCUCUGUUUUCUAAAACUGUGUCAUGUAUUCAAUGGGCAAAGCACUUGUAGUAUACUGGGUUACCUGGGAUAGCAUUCUAAUGAUAGACGACGCGGGAGAGAUACAGUUAUUUAUGCCUACCGUGAGUACUAUAAAAGGUUUAUACGGGUUCCUCUAGCACUAUAUAUAUAUAUAUAUAUCUCUACUUUGAU